GCUCAGCUCCAUAUAAAAAAAAAUAUGCACUGUGGUAUUCAGCGCAUGAAUGAAAUCUACAGGACACUAUAGUCGCUAGACAUGGAGCACAAAACCCAGCUCACACUGGCUGUCCUUUUCCAGGUGCUACUGCAAGCACUUGCAUUUGACUGCACGCCUGGAUUUCAGGAGAGGAACUAUCUCGUGCAGGAGGCCUCUGAUUACAAAAAGGACCAGUUUAUUGUGAAAGUGCACUUUGAUGACUGCAGUGGGAAUGAAGGUCUGGAGUUUGCAAUUUCCAACCCCGACUUUCGGGUAGGGAAGGAUGGAUCUGUGUUCGCGGUAAAAGAUGCUCACUCCUCUGUGCCGGCGUUCUACAUCCUGGCAACGUCUGCCCACGCACAGGACUCGGCCAAGGUUCAUAUUGUCGGAGGAGAAGAUGGUCCGAGCAGGGCUUUGCAGGAACCGCUGGUGAUUGGAAGCGAGACUGUUCUACACAGAAGUAGAAGGUCUUUGAUUGCUCCUCCCAUUUCGUUCCCUGAGAACCAAAGAGGACCAUUUCCAAAAACUAUUGGCAGGGUCAUAACCGACAAGGAACAAGGCAUCAGAUUCCAAAUUAGUGGAAAGGGUGUGGAUCAGGAACCAAAGGGCAUUUUCAAAAUCAGUGAAAACUCCGGAGACAUCAUCGUCACUCGCUCACUGGACCGCGAGCAAAUAGACAUGUAUAUUCUGCAAGUCGAAACUACUGACCCAGAUGGCAAAAUCAUUGAUGGACCAGCCACCCUGUAUAUCACUAUUAUCGAUCAGAACGAUAACAAACCCAUGUUCAGGGAAGGACCGUAUGUGGGUCACGUGCUCGAGGCAUCUCCUACUGGAACCACGAUCAUGCAAAUGACGGCUUAUGACGCGGAUGACCCCAACACAGACAACGCAGUUCUACGCUACAGCAUCCUGAGUCAGACACCCAAGACCCCAUCGCCGAACAUGUUCUACAUAGACCCCGAAAAAGGAGACAUUGUUACUGUGGUGCCGCCCACAAUGCUAGACCGGGAGACUCUGGAAACCUGCAAGUAUGAAUUGAUAGUCCAGGCCAAAGACAUGGCGGGCAGUGAUGUGGGAUUAACUGGCACAGCAACAACAACUAUCAUCAUUGACGACAAGAAUGACCAUGCCCCAGAAUUCACUAAAUCUAUGUUCCAGGCAACGGUGAAAGAGGGAUUUACUGGGACGAUAGUCAAUCUGACUGUGGAGGACAAAGAUGACCCAGCGACGGGAGCUUGGAGGGCCGUCUAUUAUAUCAUCAACGGAAACCCUGACAACAACUUUAAAGUUCAGACCAAUCCAAAGACCAACGAAGGAAUGCUGUUAGUUGACAAACCCUUAGAUUAUGAACGAUCUGCAUUCCACACCCUCCUGAUUAAAGUCGAGAAUGAAGACCCAAUCAUGCCAGAGAUCAGCUUUGGACCCAGCUCCACAACCACGGUGCAAGUCACAGUCCUCGACGUGAAUGAAGCACCCAUUUUCAAUCCAAACCCAACACCGGUGGUCAAGCCGGAGAACAUACCAGUAGGCAGCAUUGUGGUGACACUGAAUGCAACUGAUCCAGAUAUUCUUCAGAAGCAGACAAUUAAGUUCUCACUGUUCCAGGACCCGGCCGGCUGGCUGGUCAUCAACUCCGAAAACGGUACGGUCACAACCAGAGGCAUCCUGGAUCGUGAAUCUACCCACGUCCUCAACAGUCAAUACACCGCCUUGUUCCACGCAAGUGACAGCGGUGUUCCUCCAGCCACUGGCACCGGUACCUUAAUCAUCACUAUGCUGGACGAGAAUGACAACCCUCCCACUGUUUAUCCGACAAUAGCGAGAGUCUGCGAGGAUUCAAAAGUUCUCAAUGUGGCCAUCUUCGGAGCAAUAGACAAAGAUCGGCAACCGAAUACCGACCCGUUCAUAUUUGAGCUGGGCAAGCAACCCGGAGUCGAAAAAACCUGGAAAGUCAGUCAAAUAAACACCACCCAUGCUCAGCUCAGCAUGCUGCGCAAGCUGGAUAGAGCAAACCACGUCCUGCCUAUCAUAGUGACAGACAGCGGGAAGCCACCACUGACUAACAGUACGGACGUCCAAGUGCAAGUCUGCUCCUGCAAGAACAACAAAAUGGACUGCAGCACAGCCAGCUCCUUUCACAUCAGCCUUACCCUGCUCCUCCUCCUCUCCUCCAUCACAUUAUUCUGCCUGUAAAGAAAUGCUGCUGUUUGGUGCUGCCUAAUUGAGUUGCUGUGGCAACAGGAAGAGAGCGAGAAAGAGAGAGAGAGAGAAAAUAAAAGCCAAAUCCGAAGAGUUUACAGGAUUUACAGUUGCUCAAGUUCUAGGCCUCCUUGCUCCAAGCACGCUUUAAGUUGUACCUUAAUUUGUACCUUCACUAGUCUAUCAAACUGUGCUCCGGUCAAUGGCAGCCUCUGACCUUACUGGCUUCCAUUAAUGGGUUCCACCUCCGUGAACAAGUGUUGCAUUGCUUUCCCUUGAAGUUCGACUUGAACAUCUAUGCAGAGGACUUGAGAGCAGGAUACGCAAUCACUCCAGUGCUGUUCUCUCCAAUAUUUUACCGGCAACGGCAUUGAGAAGAAGAAUAUUUUGUCAGAGCAAAACCCUUUUCUACAGGAGACACUAUUUGGAAGCUAUGUAAGACAUGCUGUUGAUUCUUGUUCUCUGUGUGUCGAAGAAGUUUAACAUAGGUUGUGCGUAAGUGGUUAAUAUUGCUGUACAUGCAUCGGUUAAUCAUUUCUUUACUUUUACUUUUCAAGCAGUACUUUUAGGGCAGAAUUAGCUUCAGAAACCUCUAUACUGCCACAUACAGGAUUAUACCAAAUACUGUGUUUCUGGUGAAGAGUUGCUGCUAUCAGUUGAGGGCGCUUAAUCCAAAAAAAAAUUUGGAGAGCUAAAAUAAAAUAAUGAAUAAUAAUAGCGAACGAGAGUCAUAAUGGGAGGAUCCAAGGCAAUUCUCAAACUUAAUGCUGAUGUGUCUCCAGACAGACUAUGGCAGCUGGAUAUUUAACGCUGUCAUUUGCAUGCUUUCUGCUAGGAUUGGUGAGAAGUAAUGAGCAUCUUCACAGAACCUUUGCAGCCCUGCAAGAUUUGCAAUUUGUGUCUUGACUUUUUUCCCCCUUUAACUCAACCUGAUGCCUGAGCACUGAACAGGUUCAGCUGCUAACUCACUGGGGGCUGAGUUGCAUUUCCCCCCCUCCAAUAGGAGGCAAAUAUGCAGUAAAUUCCCCUAUUUCUAGACAUAUUGUAAGAAAUGUUACAGCGACAAACCCUUAAGAGAUUCAACACACAAAAGUGCAAAUCGCAAAAUUUCCAGUCUCAACUCGCAAGGAUCCUAUUAGCUUUGGUGAAUAAAUCACAGGAGUCCAUUUGAUCACUUGUCUGAGCUUUCCAAUGGAAAUGCUCUUAAACAAUGUUUCCCAAGGUAUGUAAGCUAUGCCCCAGCUCCCAGAGUGAGACAGCUAAUCUCCAACCUCCUCCUCCUUUCCCCUUCAUCUGUAUUAAGUUGCAUUUGCCAAACUCCUGCGGGCUCAUUCUAACCCUUAUCCCUUGAACCCAUCGGCGAUAAACUUGACGUGAACUUGUGAGACCUCCAAUGUCCUUGUCAGGAUCUGGUAUACCGUAGACGUCUAGAGAUGAAGUCUUCCACCAGAGUUCUGUUCAUAAAUUCUAAUUCAUUUCCAAAUCAGUCGAUCUGUGGUAUAAUUAACAGGCUCGACCUCUUGACUAUUUUCCCAUCACCUCCAGGGAUCCCACUUUGUUUCAUGUCCACAUCAAUGAUCUCCACCACUCAUCAUCAAACUCUCAACUCUGCUAUUGACAGUUGGGUGCAACAUGCAGAUAGAAUGCCUUCAGUGCACACAAAUUUAUUCAUCUCGCAGUACACUGCAUGAAUUAGUAAAUUUUUUAUCUACAAAUCCUUUGAUUCAGUCGCUCACAUUAUAGAGUUUCCUCAUGUCCCUCUCAGACUAACCAACGAGUGUCACCUUUUACCUUUUGAUAGCUCCACUCUCCCUUCUUCUUUAAUCAAACAACCUUCACUCCUGCCACUUGCCCCUUCAUCUUCUGCUCUUCCUCAGACAGUCCCCUAGAAGCUCAGUUCUCUUCCAUGUGCAUAUUAUUUCUUCCCCAUCAUUCACGUCACUUUUCAUUCUCUACAAUGCCUACAUUUGCCUGAGAGUUGAUUCCUGCUCCCCCGUCUGUGGAGGAGUUUUCUGGCACUCUGGAGCGAAAUACAUCACAAAGGUUUAUCUGCUGUGUGGUCUUUCCUACAACUUCGGCCACCAACUCCUUAACAACUCUUCCUAAAUCUUUCCAUUUGAUGCUUUGAUCAUAACUUUCCUCCCCUCCUCCUCAGUAGCUUUUAAAUACAUAAGUGAGCUUGCUCCUCCUUCUCUGUGCGAUUAAAGCCAAUUCAUUGCAGAGUUCUCUAUGUAAUUUCAAUCUUCCACAAGGUUUCAAUCCUGGGGUAUUUGCAAUAUGCCCAAACUGGAUUUGUUGGGUUAAUGUGUUCACAGUUGUUACAUCACCAAUGUCAAGGGACAUCCAAAGAAACAGCAGUAGGCGAAACCAGUCACCAAUGAUUCCUUCUCAACUUCUCUGUGAACCCUUUCAGUCUUAGUGGUACACUAUACUAUGAUGCUGGCUCCUUCAAGUAAGAUCCCAAUAAUAGUAAUAAUAAAAUUCUGGCCAGCGUGUCUCAGCUAACACGCUUCUCAGAUCUGCUUCAACAACACAUCUGUGAAACCUUUAUUUCAAGUGAACGGGGGGAGGGUUGUUCCAAAAUUCCGGUUAAACGUUUUUACAUAAAACAAACAAAAUCGGUUAACCUGUCCCCUGCCCUCUCUACUCCUCACAAAAUGCCCCUUUUAAAAAUAUAGUGCUCAUCUGAAAGAGUUCACCUAGUAAAUUCUUAUACUGUUAUUAUGUUCUCUCUUGGCAAGUUUAAUAGUUCUACAUACUAUUCAGGGCCCCAGUUUCCUUUGAAAAUAAAUCACCACUCGUGCUUUUUUUCUAGGAUAGUCCUGAACGUUUAGAAGCCGAUGACAUAUUAAGCGGUCCACUUCGAAGACAUCAGUUAAAUGUUUUAAGAUGUGGGUUUGAAUUGGGAUCUGAUGGAGGUCUGUACUCAAUGACGGCAAGUAAAAUGACUUGAGGCAGACACCCCUUGACUUGGUGAAAUCGAGGAGCUAAAUAUUAAACGGUAAAGUCCUACUGACUAAAUCACGCAAUGAUUAUAGGACGUAGGCAAGAUUGCAGUGGCAGUGUGGAGCUAUAUUGUGCAGCUACAAAAAUGCAAGUACCUAUAAGUACAAAAACGAAUGCCACUCUGGCAGUGUAUUUCCUAAUUUACAAUGAAUUCAAGAUUAACCUGAAAAACCAAUAUUAUUGCCACCUUAAAACGCAACAUAUCUGUGUGAUUUGGGGUAUUUAAAUAGACAUUGAUAAAGUUAGUGAAAUGUACAUCAUGCAUGUCUCAUUAUUAUCACUCCUAUCCCCCAAAUGUUUUGUUUGAGUGCUUGAGAUCCCUUUAUUUGGGGGUCGGUGUAAAAAUAGACCCAUCUUGUGGUUUGGUAACCUCUUUGUGCCCUCAGCAAGUGUCAUGUGUUUCGCAGAAUCUGUCUGUGUAUCUUAGGUGCCAGAGAAUGUUAAAGACUCCUCAUCAUGUCGACUGGGUUACACAGACUGGAGGCUUGCAAGUUCAAAUCUCACUCUAGGCCCUGUUAAUGAGUGACCUAAAUUUGGGCAGAUGCUGUGAUCUGGGGGUGUUGAAUUGGCCUGAGUACCACUUGGUUUCAGUGGGGGAAAAUCAGCCAAAGGUGGAAUCGGGCUCAAUUUGGCUCAACCUGCUAACAUUCACUAUCAAGAGUCACACUUGAGUAACGGCCGCUUGGUGAGAUAUUGAAGGGAAUUUUCCUUCCAACGAGUUGUAACCCAGUGGAAGUAAAAGUGAGUUAAAAGUGCAGUUAGGAGUAGAGGAGAGGAAGGUAAGGGAGGAAAUCAAGCUUCUUGUUCUGGAUGACAGAACCGCUCAAUUGAUUUGUAACACGGUUGAGAACACAAACAACAAAAAUUGUGAACGAAACUGCUGGCGAAAGUUCCCCUGUGGCCUGUAAAAGAUAAAGUACCUUUGAGUAUCAUCUUUUUAAUCAAAUCUGUGAAAACAUAGUCUCGAUUUCCACAAUUUUUUUAAAAAAAAUAAUGAACUGAAAUACACUUGUGGAGGCAAGUUUAAUAUAGACUUGGGACAUUUGUAGAUUUAAAAAGUCUGAAUGGACUAAUAGAGUGACAAAACCACUAAAUAUUAAGUUAACAUACAAGAAAAUAGGAAACUAAGCUCUGGAUUUAAGUAGGGUACAAACAGCGAUUGGGUAAGUUUUGAGAGAACAUUUUAGGCAUGCUCAGAACUUCAUGAGGAUGAUCUUGUCUACAUAAAUUACAGCAACUCUGCCAGUUAUGUGCGUGUGUGUGUGUGUAUAUGUAACAAAAAAAACUCUGGUAAUUCUUGAAAGAUACAAUUGUUCUUCUAGACAGAACUGGAGAUGCCCAAGGCUUAUUUCGUACAUUUUGAGAGUGAAAUCUCCGGUGUCUUAUGGUUUUCAUCCAUUGUUUCUGCCAAUGUUAAGUUUCUUGUAGUCAAGUUUGAUUUUACUUUAGCAAAAAAAAAUACUACAAAUGUUGAAAUGUCUACAGAAAGUGGACAAAGAUGUGGUAGAAUUAUAUAACCUCGAUCGUGAAGAUAGAACGCCAGCUGUAACCCAGUAUGGUGAUGUUCUAAGCCAGAGUCUAAUGGACACUGAAACAUUUAGGGAAGCUAAAACUCUUAAUGCAGUCCCUUAGAGCAGUGGUGGCCAACCUUUUUAGUCGACCAAGCAAAUAAAUUUUCUCGAUUGAAUAUUUCUUCAUUCAUUGCCUCUCCAUUGGCAUCACCGCUUGGUAGCUACUGGAAACAAGGCAACGACUUGGAACAGGAUCACCUGGACUGGUGCGAAUGUGUGGCAGACCACUUCUUGAUGGCCCCCCAGGGCCACUUCCAGCCCGAGGGCCACAAGUUGGUCACCACUUCCUUCGAGCUUUUUGAACAAGCUGUCGCGCCGAUUUAAAAGGAGGCGUGCUGAAAAAUGCUUUAAUUUAAAAGUAAAAAGUAUUUAAAAAAAGUCAGGGGCAUAAAAUGAUGUGGCAAUCUAGGAGUUGAACAUAGUCCUUUCACCAAUAAUGUUUCCUCUUACUCAAUGUUAUUGUGAAAUAAAUCUCAGUAUCUUUAGUAGUGAAUGUACAAAUGUAAACUGAUGCACACUAUGUUUCAGAUCAGAUGCACAUGUUAAAUAGGAUUUUGUUAUUCGAAAUUAUAUUUUUUUCUCUCUCAAGUUGGAAAGGCAUAACACACUCGCCUCGAUGUGGUACUAAGUAAAUCAACUCCAAACACUUCUUUAUUUUUAAGAACCUUUUUCUUUUUAUUCUGUUUCGAACUUUACGAGAAGGCUCCCUUGCCAAAACGGUCCAUUUGGACACAUAAGAAGCAGUUAUUCCAUUCGAACAUAUUUGCUGAAAUGCUUGCUGUUAUUUAGCUGUACUAAGUGUUACAUACAUGAACAUGAUGUGAUUGCAAAAAGAAAAAAAAUUAAAAUAACAACCCUUGUAUUUAUUUGUGCGAUGCUGAAAUAAAGGAAGUCUGGGAUUUUAUUCUUUUGACAAAGUCUGAAUUUU